AUGCCCAGGUCAGCAGCCCACAGAGAGUUUCGUACAUAUAACCUCAUGCAUCAUUCCAAAAACAAAGCAGAAGCCUCACACGAAUAUCUGACCUACAAUUCACAAAGCAACCGCCCAUGCACCAUCCCCCAUGAGCCUCGCAGCAUCCACACACGCACCCAUGGGGAUCCGCCGCACCCCUGGGCUGCAGAGACCACGUGGGCCGGGUCCCGACUGCCCCCCAGGCCGCCAGCCUCCGUCUCCCGGGCUGCCCGCGGUGGCCCUGGGGCGGGCAGGGGUGAGUGUGUGCCUCUCUUUUUGGACACAGUCCCCAAUUCCUCGAACCAGGUUGUGGGCGGCAGGGUGGACACACCUCUGGGGAAGACCCUGGCCAGCAUGGACUACUUCUUCUUGGAAGGGGCUCGGAAGAAGCUGGAAGUCCAGCUGCAGCCUGUCUAG